AUGGUCAUAUUUUGUGAGCUUCAGUGCGCUGUAAACCGUUUUUGUGUGGCGUAUAAUUACAAGAAAAAAGUGGAUGGAAAGGGGUUAAACUGUCAGUUAACCAACACAACUGAGCAUAAAUUUGACAAACAAGAAGUUACCAAGGAAGAGCAAGUGUGGACGUUUUACAAGAUUAACGUGGACAGAAGUCAAUUUGAAGCCUGCCAGGCAGAAGUUAAUGAAUGUUAUAAUGGUGGAACCAUGAUUUGGGAUCCAGACGAACAAUAUUUCUGUCAAUGUUUAGAUUGUUACGAAGGAAGACUUUGCGAAAACGUCACCCGGAUGGCUCUCGGGAUGGAAAAUGGUCAAAUUCGUGAUAACCAAAUCACGGCAUCAAGCGAAUACGAUAUCUACUUUGGUGCGGCAAAUGGAAGAUUAAAUUUCACGCCGCGUCAUGGAAGAACAGGGUCUUGGUCAUCUUUGUACAACGAUCUUCAUCAGUGGCUUCAGGUUGAUUUUCAAAGAUCCACUAUGGUCACAGAAAUAAGUACCCAAGGACGCAGUGAACAUGAUCAGUUUGUUAAAAGCUACACCGUCUCUUCCAGCCAAGAUGGGAAAAUUUUCCAAGUCUAUACCACAGGAGAAGCAGUAAAGGAAUUUAAAGCUAACAGUGACAAGAAUACCAUUGUCCAUCACAAGAUUGUUCCUUAUAUUUCCACUCGGUUCAUUCGCGUUCAUCCAACAGAUUGGGGAGAUCACAUCUCGAUGAGAGUCGAAUUUUAUGGCUGUUAUAAGCAACAUUAA